GACGUCGUUUUCUUUGGCUUGUUCAGAUUCAUUAUGCUCUUCCCAGUGGCUGCGAUCUCCUUCUUUGCUCGCUUCCGUUCUGUGGAGAGCUGAGAAUUGGGGUUUUUGGCCAGAGCGAUGCAGAAAGUUGCGCAGGCAUGGUUCUCACAGGGCCCCGGCGGCGACGAUCAGCAGAUGACGGGAUCUUCGUCGUCUAUUCUGGCGGAUUGGAAUUCCUACGCAGCGUCCAAAUCUUCCGACGAGAGCACCUCCCUCGGGUUCGAUCUCGAAGCUGCUGUCAGGUCCGCCAACGACACAGUCUCCGGCACUUUCAGCGUGGUUUCAAAGGGAGUAAGAGACUUGCCUGGAAACCUGCAGUCUGCCACUAGCAGUGUCCCAUCAGGGAAGGCACUAAUGUAUUUUGGUUUACUCCUGGCAACUGGGGUAUUCUUUGUCUUCAUCGCAUUCACCAUGUUUCUUCCAGUUAUGGUUCUGAUGCCCCAAAAAUUUGCUCUCUGCUUUACCGCUGGAUGUGGCUUUAUUAUUGGUUCCUUCUUUGCACUCAAGGGUCCAAAAAAUCAGCUGGCUCACAUGUCAUCAAAAGAGAGACUUCCUUUUACAUUGGGAUUCAUAGGCAGUAUGGCGGGAACCAUAUACGUCUCCAUGGUGCUUCACAGUUAUAUUCUAUCUGUAUUUUUCUCCGUGUUACAGGUUCUUGCACUGGCAUACUAUGCUAUUUCAUACUUCCCUGGUGGAUCUGCAGGGCUGAAAUUCGUUUCUUCUGCUCUCACAUCAUCAAUACUGAAAUGUUUUGGCAGGUGACAUUGCUGUCUUUGAGUUCAUAGUUUCCAUGUAUAUGGUCAUUUGUUUUUGUUUCUGUUUUUGUGCUAGUUAAAAGUUAGUAUGGCCUGGAAUGUACUAUGGAAUGGCGUCCAUUUCCACCUUAAAUAUUUCGGGCUUCUAAUGUUUGACUGAAGAGAAAUGAAAGAGGGAAAACAGAUUUGCUGCAUGCAAACAAUUUUCUUUUCACUUCAACACUGAAAAUGUGUAAUUUCUAAGCAUAGAAAGUUUUUGCCUUGAUGUGAAAUAACAUUCUGCCCCUUCAAAA